AUGCGCAGCAUCUUGCCCCUUACGUUGUUCUGUGUCCUCCUGAGUAAAAUACCCAAAGCACACACCAAAGUCUGCGUGCCUGUUCCCUCCUACAUUACACACAAGAGCAACAACGCCAAGUAUGCCGUACCCAGGAGGAAAAAAAGAAUUCGGGCCAGGAAGAAAAGCAUAGUUUUUGAAGAUGUCGUCACGCAGAAAGACAUUUCCACGAUUAACUUGAUCGUGUUAGCUCUGAUGGAGUUUCAGAAAGAACAUAACAGCAUGGUCGUCCCGGAGAAUUACGUCUUGAAAUCGCAGGACAAUGAAGACUUAAAACAUUUUAAACUUUGGAAGAAGCUCCAGGACAUAAAAAAGGAGAAGAGCGAAAAGAAGAAGAAGUACAUUUACUUUGUUCUUAAAAAGAUGAACUUCCCUCUGGAGACCAUAUUUAGCCCAGCCGAAAUGCAGGACUUCGAAAAGGACGACGCAGAAAUAACAACAAUGUCAAAUUUGUCCACGGAGGAAAACGUCCAUUACGACUUUGAUGAGCGGCAGGAGGUCAGGAAGGAACUGUUCUCUCUUUACGUUAGAAAGUCGAAGGACAAGGGGGGCGAAGACGUGAAGGACUUUCUCGCGUCGUACAAGUUCAUUCCAAAAAUAGCUGAACAGAACGUCCUCCCCACCUAUUCAAACAAAGCCACAAGGAAAAAGGGAAUAGUGAAAGAGGUGUUGGAAAAGCUAAAACAGGACGAGACAUUCAAAUCCAAUUAUAAUUUCUACUAUGAACAUAUAUAUAACAACCAUAAUGAUAAGGACGUGGAUGAUUACAUUUCAUUUGUGCUGAAGUAUAAGAGGACUCACGGGGCUGAGUAUGAUUUCUUUGUCAACGGCAGACCUUCCCUUUCGAACGAGCUGAACCCGAAAGAAAAAAAAUUCUUGCUGUACACGCGGAAGGAGACGGAAGGAGCCCACGCGUAUGACUUCGACAAAUGGUCCGUGUCCUUUGGUGACUUCGUAGAAGCCCUUGUCUAUUUCAACGACUUGUACUACGACUUGAACAGAGAGAGGUACGAGAGGUUCAAGACGGACCAAGGACAGAACAAGUUGGACCUCGUCGAUUUUAACCUUGUGGAUCCGUCGUUCGUCGUUCCGAGUGAAGACACGUGGCCCAGCGAGUGGCACGGAAUGCCUUUGGGGAUGUAUAUCAACCAAAUGAGGAUGGGCGACAUCGAUGGAAAGUUUCAUUUCAUUAGAAGAAAAAUUUUGGAAUAUCUCCUGUUUGAUUUUAAGUCAGAAGAAUUUGAACAAAAGUAUAUUCAUUUCACGUGGAGGAAGUUGUACCUUGGCUUGGCUUGGUUCAUCCACACGAGGGGACACCCCAUAGUUGUCACCCCCAACGAUAGGAUACAGUUCGAUACGUUUUCCAUGGACUUUUGCAAGCCGGAGGAGAUUCAAGUGAGAUGCGUGUGA